AUGCAACCAUCCACUGUUACCACUACUAACGCCUCUCAAAAGAACAACUCAGAAAACGCUGACAACUGGAUUAAGAAAGGCUUCGGCUGGACUCCACACUGUGUUAUUGUUUGA